AUGGGGUGCACGCACGAUGCCUUCCUGGAUGCGCUGGAGAACCUGACUGCAGACGAGUUCAAGAAGUUCAAGAUGAAGCUGCUUUCAGUGCCGCUGCGCGAAGGCUAUGCACGCAUCCAACGGGGGAUGCUGCUGCCCAUGGAUGCUGUGGACCUCACCGACAAGCUCGUCAGCUACUAUCUGGAGGCGUACGGUGCCAACCUCACGGCGCUCGUGCUUCGCGACAGCUGCGGCUGCAGGCGACCUUGGGCAAGGGGGAGUUCCAGCACCCACCCUGCACUGCACUUUGUGGACCAGCAUCGGGCAGCCCUCAUUGCGCGGGUCACAGACGUGGAUGGGGUGCUGGACGCCCUGUACGGGAAGGUCCUGACAGAGGAGCAGUACCAGGCAGUGUGGGUGGAGUGCACCAAUCCUACCAAGAUGAGGAAGCUCUUCAGCUUUGCUCCAGCCUGGAACCUGACCUGCAAGGAUCUGCUCCUCCAGGCCCUGAGGGACACCCAGCCCUACCUGGUGGUCGACCUGGAGCAGAGCUGAGGCAUCUUCCCCAGUAGCGGUCCCACAGACAACC